UUUAAAGUUGUAAAAAUUUGACACAUGUCAAAAAAAUUUGAAACUGCCGCGCAAAAUUCCAGUCGAAGAUCAAAACGCAAGUAGAAUGACUUCCGACCGUUUAAGACCUUUACCGGGCCCCAAAACCACCCCCAUAAUCAGUCUCAACCAUUACAUAUUUUCAGGGGUUCGAACGAAACCGACAAAUUUUUUCGAAAAACCUUCCCGUGAUGACAUUUACAAGAAAAUCCUAAUACCUAAAAAUCUGAACAAACCGAAAUUUCAACAAAAAGGAUUGAUUUUCGUAUGGCCCCAAAAACGCACGUCGUUUUUUUACAAUAAGGAGAUGAUUUGGUUGUCGUGGGUGGUGGCCCAUGCGCUGUAUUGGCUUUAUGUCAUUGAUAUUUUGCCCACUGGGACAGCUGUGCCUUUUAAACAACCCCCUUGGAAGUACGAACCGCCGUUGCACCGACCCAAAAGCAGAGAUUUUAUUAUUGAGCCAGACUGGGAGUCUCAUUAUGCUACUGUCGAGAAACACUAAUUUUUUAAAAUUGGGUUUUAUGACUCGAAAUAAUUUAUUGUAAGGUCCGGUAUAACAGGUCAAGAGCGCCAAUUAAAAGCUACAGUUUUAUGCAUGUGUCUUUUUGCAAGUUAUUGGGUAAUAGAUGUAAUUUUAAUUUACUGUUUUAUUAAGAUUUAUAAUAAAUAUUAUGAAAUAAUAAAUAUAAUACAACUGGAA